GCUGUUGGAUGGGAUUCAUGGGGCUCAGGUCCGGGUCUCUGCCCUGCAAGUCCUUCCCUCUGGCCACCUGGAAGAGUGAUUUGGUUCCUCUUUGUUCCUCUCCAGAUUCGGAGCUCGGAGGAAGGUCUCCUGUACACACAGGGCCUGGCGAGCACCUAUGGGGAUGUGUGCUGCUGGUGGGUGGGGCCCUGGCAUGCAGUCAUCCGCAUCUUCCACCCCACCUGCAUCAAGCCGGUGCUCUUUGCUCCAGCUGCCAUCGCACCCAAGGACGCGGUCUUCUACAGCUUCCUGAAGCCCUGGCUGGGGGAUGGGCUCCUGCUGAGUGCUGGUGACAAGUGGAGCAGGCACCGCCGCAUGCUGACGCCCGCCUUCCACUUCAGCAUCCUGAAGCCCUACGUGAAGAUUUUCAAUGACAGUGUGAACAUCAUGCACGCCAAGUGGAAGCGCCUGGCCUUGGAGGGCAGCGCCCAUCUGGACAUGUUUGAACACAUCAGCCUCAUGACCCUGGACAGUCUGCAGAAAUGUGUCUUCAGUUUCAACAGCAAUUGCCAGGAGAAGCCUAGUGAGUAUAUCGCUGCCAUCUUGGAGCUCAGUGCCCUUGUGACAAAACGGCACCAGCAGAUCUUCCUGCACGUGGACUUCCUGUACCACCUCACCCCUGAUGGACGACGCUUCCGCAGGGCCUGUCGCCUGGUGCACGACUUCACAGAUGCCAUCAUCCAGGAGCGGCGCCGUACCCUUCCUGAUCAGGGUCUUGAUGACUUCCUCAAGGCCAAGGCUAAGGUCAAGACAUUGGACUUCAUUGAUGUGCUCCUGCUGACCAAGGUGGGCUUCUCUGGGAUCUGAGUUCAAGAGGUAGAAUUGACCUUGAUUUCAAAUGUCAGAUCAAAGAACUUGGACUCGAUCUGGAGGGUCCUGGGGAGCCAUGGGAGGUGCUUGAGGAAGGGAGGGACAGUUCAGGCAUAUGUUUUAGAGAUGACUGGAAUGCAGCCUCCAGGGGACUGCUAAGUC